AUGUUCCGUUCUAUUGUUAACUUGUGUAGGUGCCGGCGUGAUUGUGCUAAUUCAUAUCUUAAUAAAUACAAACGAUACUGCACAAAAGCUCCAAAGUUGAACACAAAUGAACCUGUAAAGCUGAUUAAUGCCAUGGAUAGAUCGCAUUUUCUGUUACCUAACAAUCAAAGGUUUGUCGAAUUGGACAGCUCUCAAGCUUUUGAAAAUUUAACUAAACAAGAAAAACUAUAUGCUCAUUACUUAAGUCAGGCUGCGUGGAAUGGAGGUCUGAUUGUCCUUAUGCAAACCAGCCCGGAAUCUCCAAAAAUAUUUUCAUUACUACAUAGAGUUUUCUUGGAAGAGCCUUUGGAGAACCUUAAGCAAUCAGCUUUGAAAGCAGGUGUUUCAGAGGAUGAUUUUCAAGCAUUCCUAGUAUAUGCUGGAGGAGUAUUUGCUAAUAGUGGAAAUUAUAAAGGUUUUGGAGAUACAAAAUUCAUUCCAAAUCUAUCUAAAGAAUCCUUUGAGGCAGUUGUUAAGGCAUCCAAGGCAUUUGAAAAUGACAGCACUCAUAUUACAAAGUUAUUGCAAAAGACACAAAAUGCUAUCUACAGUAUAGCCCCAAGAUUAACUAGUCUUGGCCUCGCUGAAAAGGGAGUUACCACAUACUUUUCAAGUAACUGCACAGAGGAAGAUUCUAAUUUGGUCAAUGACUGGAUGAAAACAAAACUAAUUGAAGCAUACGUCUGCAGAACAUUCAAAACAGUUGCAGAGGAUGGAUUACCAAUCUACACCAUCCAUCUGGCCAGUGUAGAAUCAUCACCUAAAGCAGGACUUACAAUGGAAAAGGAGAAAUAUAAGAAUGCCUACUUCCAAGUCACCCGUGGUGAUUAUUCUCCUCUUCUUAAAUUGGCUUCCGAAAACCUCACAAAAGCAGUUGAAUUUGCUGCCAAUGAUAAUGAAAAGAAUAUGUUGAGGCAUUAUGUAAAUAGUUUUAAUGAAGGCGAUUUGAAUGAACAUAAAGAAGGGAGCAGAUUUUGGAUUAGAGAUAAGGGACCUAUUAUUGAAACAUACCAGGGAUUUAUCGAAACCUACAGGGACCCAAGUGGUCAGCGGGGAGAAUUCGAAGGAUUUGUGGCAAUGGUGAAUAAGGAGAUGUCUAAGAAAUUUGGUGAUUUAGUUGAUGGUGCUGAAAGGUUUAUCAAGUUGUUGCCCUGGGGUCAAGAUUUGGAAAAAGAUACCUUCCUGAGGCCUGACUUUACUAGCCUUGAUGUUCUUACAUUCUCUGGAAGUGGCAUUCCAGCUGGCAUUAACAUUCCAAACUAUGACGAGAUCCGUCAGAACGAAGGCUUCAAGAACGUGUCGUUAGGCAACGUGAUUCCGGCUGCUUACAAGGAGUCGGUGAUUCCUUUCCUCAGCGACGAAGACAAGCAACUGCUGGAGAAGUAUCGGGUUGCCGCCUUUGAGGUUCAAGUUGGCCUUCACGAGUUAUUGGGUCACGGCAGCGGUAAGCUGCUUAGACAGAACGCUGAUGGGACUUUCAACUUUGACAAGGAGAAAGUCAAGAAUCCCCUGACAGGCAAGAACAUAGAGUCGUGGUACACGGAAGGCGAGACCUACGACAGCAAGUUCACAACCCUGGGCUCCGCCUUCGAGGAGUGCAGGGCGGAGGCCGUCGGGCUGUAUCUGUCUCUCGACCAGGAAAUAUUGAAAAUCUUCGGUUACGAGGGCCAAGAGGCGGAAGACGUGACGUACGUGAAUUGGCUGAGUCUCUUGUGGAACGGGGCCGCCAAAGCGACCGAGAUGUUCCAACCCACGACCGAUACGUGGCUGCAGGCACAUGCUCGCGCUCGGUUCGUGAUAAUGCGUCUAUUGGAGGUGGAGGGCGAAGGCCUAUUAACGGUGACCGAGACGGAGCCCGGCAGGAACCUGCUGCUCACGCUGCAGAAAGACCGUCUGCGCACCGACGGCAAGAAGAUUAUUGGCGACUUCCUGGUGAAGCUGCAAACGAUAAAGGCGACGGGAGACUUUUCGGCGGGAGAGCAGCUGUUCCAGAAGUACAGUCGCCUGGAAGCGCCCUGGAACCGCUGGAGAGACAUUGUUCUGUUGCACAAACAGCCACGAAACAUAUUUGUACAGCCCAAUACUGUCGCUAAAGGUGAGGAUGUGAAGCUGACACGUUAUCCAGCGACAGCCGAAGGCAUGGUGACGUCGUGGGUCCAACGUUUCCCCACUACCAAGGUCGAUGACAUUUUGGAGAGAUUGGCCGAGGAAGACAGCCAAUAUUUCUCGGAAAUAGAGAAAAUCGCCGCAUAA